AUGGUGACUCAUAAUUGGGAGAACAGCUUCAAUCAUUUGCUUGCAGCCGUCGUUUCGGAUGCCUUGAGCGAAUGCAGUUUCAAUCUUGCAGCAAAGCUAUUGGAGGAAGACUGCUCAUUCGUCUGUGAUAUCCUGGCUCAGCGUGGUCGUUUGGAUGACACAUAUUGGAUAUGUGCAUUCGCAGUCAACCAACACAUCUCCAUUUGCCACAGCAAUCCUUGCGACCGCGACCCUAUCACAAAUCAGUUGCAUCCAAUUUGUACAUGCAGCAGCGUCAACAUCUCUGACCCAGAUGGUCGAGACACCUCUUCGGAGAUCAACAAGUUUGACGACAUGAUGUACCACCUUGCGACGACAGAAGGCUGCAGGCAAGUGAUUGCGGUGGACCAAUCUCUGGGUUUGUUUAAUCGCGCUUGGUGUGUCGCCGAAAUCGCAGAAGCUAGGCGUCUGCAGAUGAAGCAGUCACUACAGCUUCCGUCCAAAGUGACCCUCAUGCGACGGGCGCACACUUUAGGGAACUUGGAUGUUCGGAGUAUGCGUGCAUCCGCCGAUGCUGAUAAGGAGCUCAUACUCCACAAGAUCAGCACCAGCACUAGCAUUGAUGAGUUCAACGCAGAGUUGCAAUCGCUCAUCUUCGACCCUAGAUCUGGUCUGCUGUCCUCCUGGUGUGCCAUGGAUAGUUUGCAGCAAGCAGGAGAAGUGGGCCGGCUUAUUCGAUGGGGUUUGGCUGAUGCAGGCACUGGUAAGGUGUGGAAGGUCUGGGAAGCCAACGAGUGA